GUUGCAAUCCUUUUAUCAAAUAUCUUUCUUAACGGACUUAUUGUUUACAUUUUUUGGCGGCAGACCUCGCUAAAUACACCAACAAACUAUUUCAUUUUGGCAUUGUCCAUUUUAGAUUGCAUGAUGUCGUUAUUCGGACUACCGAUGAUAGCCAUAUCGAGUUUUGGAGAAAGCUGGGUAUUUGGCGAUAAAGGUUGUGUGUAUUACGGAUUUAUCAUGACAUUUCUAGGCUUGUCUGUCAUCAGUAUUCUAACUAUCAUAUCUGUUGACCGUUAUAUCGUCAUUGUUAAAACUCAUUUGAAGCCGUUCAUCAGCCGCCGAGUUGCUGUGGGAAUGAUUCUCGGCUGUAUACUAUAUGCACUUACUUGGGCCGUUGCACCGUUGUUUGGAUGGAGCAAAUACGCACUGGAAGGUAUGAACAUCUCUUGUUCAGUCAAUUGGAACAGUGACCAGCCAGCGGAUGCUACCUUUAGUAUAGCCAUGCUACUGUUGUGUCUGGUUGUCCCCCUUGGAUUUAUCUGUUUCUGCUACGGACACAUUUUUUACAAG